AUAGCAGCCGCCUCCUGCAUAGCCGCCGCCUCCUGCAUAGCCGCCGCCUUCUACAUAGCCGCCGCCUUCUACAUAGCCGCCGUCUCCUGCAUAGCCGCACCCUCCUGCAUAGCCGCACCCUCCUGCAUAGCCGCACCCUCCUGCAAAGCCGCACCCUCCUGCAUAGCCGCAUCCUCCUGCAUGGCCGCAUCCUCCUGCAUAGCCGCAUCCUCCUGCAUAGCCGCAUCCUCCUGCAUAGCCGCAUCCUCCUGCAUAGCCGCAUCCUCCUGCAUAGCCGCAUCCUCCUGCAUAGCCGCCUCCUCCUGCACAGCCGCCUCCUCCUGCCGUUGAAGCCGCCUCCUGCCGUUGAAGCCGCCGCCUCCUUCGCUUGAAGUGAAGCCCAAGCCUGAGACUUACUUGAACUUAUGAGAAUCGCGUAGUAGGGCAUUUGUAAAAAAUACGUUUUUAUUUAAAUUUGCAGCCCAGCCAGACUUGCUCUUGCGCAUAAACAUACAAAUUAUAUGCAUACACUUGCUUAUAUAUAUACAUACAUACACAUAUGCAUACACACAUGCA